AUGUCUGGCAGAGGUAAAACCGGCGGAACCAGAGCGAAGGCAAAGACUCGCUCGUCCCGCGCUGGGCUCCAGUUCCCCGUCGGUCGUGUCCACAGGCUGCUGCGUAAGGCAGCACUACGCACAUCGCGUUGGUGCCGGCGCCCCAUCUAUCUGGCGGCUGUGCUGGAGUACCUGACCGCUGAGAUCCUGGAGCUGGCUGGAAACGCCGCCCGCGACAACAAGAAGCCGUAUCAUCCCCGCCACCUGCAGCUGGUCCGCAACAGCGACGAGGAGCUCAACAAACUCCUGGGCGGAGUGACCAUCGCUCAGGGCAGCGUGCUGCCAACUCAGGCUGUUCUGGCGCCCAAGAAGACCGAAGGCCCCCAAGUCAAGUAA